AUGUCCCACCUCGUGGUGCGCGGCCGACGGAUCAACUGGACUCUGGUGCUGGUGUUGGGGUAUCUCUUUUACCUCCUCCUGGGGGCCAUGGUGUUCCAGCUGCUGGAGAAGCAGGCAGAGGCCCAGUCUCGGUACCAAUUCCAGCUGGAGAAACUCAAGUUCCUGCAGAACUACACGUGCUUGGACAAGCAAGCCCUGGAACAGUUUGUGCAGGUCAUCCUGGAAGCAUGGGAGAAAGGGGUCAACCCAGAAGGAAACUCUACCAACCCCAGCAACUGGGACUUCAGCAAUUCUUUCUUUUUUGCAGGAACCGUUGUCACAACUAUAGGUUACGGUAACUUGGCCCCCAGUACGGUGGCUGGGCAGGUGUUCUGUGUGUUUUAUGCCUUGUUUGGGGUGCCGCUUAACCUGGCCUUUCUCAAUCAGCUGGGGAAAGGACUCAACGCACACCUGAUCCCUCUGGAGAGAUGGGUGCACAAGCCAGGCCGUGCUCGGGUAGUGCAGACACUGGCAUUGGCCCUCUUUCUGACCGCCGGGACCUUGCUUUUUCUAGUAUUCCCACCUAUGAUCUUCAGUUAUGUAGAAGGCUGGAGCUAUGGAGAAGGCUUCUACUUCACCUUCAUCACCCUCAGCACCAUUGGAUUUGGGGAUUAUGUAGUAGGCACAGAUCCUAACAAGCACUACAUCUCGAUGUACAGGAGCCUGGCGGCAAUUUGGAUUGUUUUUGGCUUGGCCUGGCUCGCUCUGGUCUUUAACUUGGGAGCUGACCUGAUGGAAAAAUUCCUUCAGUUAAAGUGGCACAAGCCUGGCACAGCAGAAGAAGCCAUUACCAAGAUGGAGGAUGACCCUGAUCAACCCAGAAUCCACAUACCUAGCUGA